CACAAAGGUUAUUCCUCUACACACACGCACCCACACACGCACAUAGCACACACACGCAGCGGGUAUAAAGUCCUGUCUGGUCGCUAGGAUCCACAUCUACAGACCACAGGAGCUCAGGUCUCUCAACAUGAAGCUGAUAAUCUCCAUGUUCGUUGCUGCCAUAUUGCUCCAUGAAGUCGAAGGUUGUCCUCCAGACUCCGACCUCGUGGAGCUGACUCCCAUCAAGCCGCUCAACCUCACGGCCUUCACGCUGUGCCUGAGCUUCGCCACGGAGCAGUUUGAAGGGACGAACGAGGUCAUCCUCUUCGACUACUACAAGGAUCAACCCAACGAGCUCAACGUGUGGCGGGAGACGGACGGCAGGUUGAAGCUCAGCUCACCAACCCUGCAUUUUGAGGUUGAUUACUAAUAAACCAACCCUGCAACAUGAGGUUGAUUACUAAUAAAUUAACCCUGCAUCGUGACGUUGAUUACUAAUAAAUGAACCCUGCAUCAUGA